AUGAAAUAUUUCUCUACUCGAGGGGGGGACCAGCAUCUGUCGUUCGAAGAGACUGUCUUAACGGGACUAGCUCCCAAUGGUGGGCUUUACAUACCUUCCCAGAUACCUGCCCUCCCGAAAGACUGGCAGACGUCGUGGGCCAAUUACUCAUUCCAGGAUCUAUCGCACGCGAUUCUCUCCCUUUUUGUACCCAUCACAGAAAUUUCAUCGGCCGAGUUGCGAUCCCUCAUCGAGAGAUCGUAUUCGACGUUCAGGCAUCCUGAUGUCACACCUGUCAGGAAGUUGAGAGACAGAGAGUUUGUUCUCGAACUAUGGCAUGGUCCUACCUUCGCGUUCAAGGAUGUCGCAUUGCAACUACUUGGGAAUCUGUUCGAGUUCUUCCUGAAACGCCGAAAUAAAGGGAAAGCGGGGAGCAGUCAUGAGACACUGACAGUCGUUGGAGCGACAAGUGGCGACACUGGAAGCGCCGCAAUCUACGGACUACGAGGGAAGUCUGACAUAUCGAUUUUUAUCCUCCAUCCCAAAAAUCGCGUCUCUCCAAUCCAAGAAGCACAAAUGACCACCGUCACAGACUCAAAUGUGCACAAUAUUGCCGUCAAAGGAACCUUCGAUGAUUGCCAAGACAUUGUCAAGGCACUCUUCGCCGACAAGGCUUUCAAUGACAAGUACCAUCUAGGUGCUGUAAACAGCAUAAACUGGGCGAGGAUUCUCGCACAAAUUGUCUAUUACUUCUUGGCGUAUUUCCAGGCCACCAGACUUAUCGGUGCCGGGGCCCGGCUACAAUUCGUCGUACCCACUGGGAACUUUGGAGACGUCCUCGCGGGUUGGUACGCCAAGAGGAUGGGUCUUCCGAUGGAGAAGUUGGUUGUUGCGACGAACUCGAAUGACAUCCUCACCAGAUUCUGGGCUACGGGGCGGUACGAGAAAUCCGCAAGCUUUGAGCUUCAGCCAUUGGAUGGACGCCAUUCACUUACGGAAUCUGUGAGCGGUGAUCCCGAGUCCAAGAGCGCCUCCGGUGUGAAAGAGACGCUCAGUCCGGCGAUGGAUAUAUUGGUCUCGUCCAAUUUCGAACGACUACUUUGGUAUCUUGCCCAUGAAAGUUUGUCCGAUGUAAGUGAGACCGAGAGGUCGGAAAAUGCGUCCAAGAUGGUGAGAGGAUGGAUGGACAAUCUCAAGAACAAUGGGAGGGCCGCGGUUCCCGCUCGAGUGUUGGAAUUGGCCAGAAAGGAAUUCUCCGCGGAGCGUGUUGAUGAUGAUGAGAUACUGGAAACAAUUAGACUCUAUUAUGAAGCCAGAGAUGGCUUCGUCAAUGAGUCGUAUAUAUCUGAUCCCCAUACGGCGGUGGGACUAGCUGCAGCCCGUCGUACAGCUCUUCAGAACUCACCAGGCGUCCAUCAAGUGAUCCUCUCAACUGCACACCCGGCCAAGUUCUCGGAGGCAGUAACAAAAGCACUUUCUUCGAACCCUUCACUUGACUUUGACCAGGAUGUCUUGCCAUCGCAAUUCAAGGGUUUAUUGGAGAAGGAGCGCAGGGUGAUCGACGUUGAAGAACCAAGCGUAGAGAAGGUACGAGUUGUCAUUUCCAGGACGUUGGGAUACGGUGUCGGAAAAUAG